GUUUAUUUUGUCUGUCAAGAUAACACUUGUGAGCUGGGCUGCUGGAGACGAGGAUCUGUUAGGAAAAGUAUGCCUGCUUGAAGUGCAACGUACUGUAGAAUAAUAUCUUUGCCAUGUUUGUAAUUGCAAAUGUAAUUAGCAAACAAGCUCUAGGGAUUAAGGACUUGAAACUUUCACUGCACAUGACUUGACCUUAUGUUAGCCAAAUAGGAGUAGCCGGCACUAUUUAACCCAAGCCAGUCCUACAUUUUUUCCUUGGUGUGUUUGAGGCUCCUAGAUUUCUUCUGCUUAGUGAUGAUCCUGCUGCUGUGCUCAGGUUUUUUUUGUGCUUUGAAGUUCAUGAAGAAGGUGCUAACACCUAUCCGUGUGCUGAACAUUUGGGUGCUCAUCUGCACCGCUAGCAACAUGGUUAUUGAUUGGUCUUUUUGUGUAGGCAAAUUACAAAAAGCAGACUGUUGAUCACACAACUUGUUCUGUCCUUUGUGAUGGAUUUCCCUUUCUUUCCCUUACUCCUACUAUGUCCACUUUGGUUUCCUCAAAUGCUCCCACUUCUCACUCAAGAAGAAAUGUUCAUUUUUAUUUUUUGGCUCCUCUCAGACUUCAUGAUAAUUUUAUCAACCUGCUCUAGAUAUGUUUGACCCAUGAGUAUCUUGAACAUAAUAGACACAGAAUCCAUUCAGAAAAUCAGACUUUGUGUGAGUGUUAUUCAAGAUUUUUCCUGUCUUUCUCAUGCAAAUGCAAUCAUGCUACAGGUUCAUUUAUGUCCCUUUUAUGUUCAGUAUUUCAGUUGCAGUAACAUGCCAUGACCAAGCUGUUUUUGUUUUGUUUUUUAGUGUGAAAGGGAAUGGAUUGAGAAUAGAGAGAGGCGGCGUAUCUUGCCCGAUUCUGCACUGCCGGCUGUUAGGCAGAAUGUCCACGGAUGAGCGGCACCUCACCUCCAGCUGUGGGUCCUUCAUCAAGACUGAGCCAUCCAGCCCAUCCUCAGGCAUUGAUGCCAUCAGUCACCACAGUCCCAGCGGUUCAUCUGAUGCCAGCGGUGGUUACGGCCUCACUAUGGGUGGCCACCCCAAUGGCCUGGACUCACCACCCAUGUUCAACAGUGCAGGGAUUGGGGGUGGGCCCUGUCGCAAGCGGUACGAGGACUGCGCCAGCGCCAUCAUGGAAGACUCACCCACCAAGUGUGAGUACAUGCUCAACGCCAUUCCCAAGAGGCUGUGCCUAGUGUGCGGGGACAUUGCAUCGGGAUACCACUAUGGAGUGGCCUCCUGCGAAGCAUGCAAAGCCUUCUUCAAGAGAACAAUUCAAGGGAACAUUGAAUACAGCUGCCCAGCUACCAAUGAGUGUGAAAUCACAAAACGGAGGCGCAAAUCCUGUCAGGCAUGUCGCUUUAUGAAAUGCCUCAAAGUGGGAAUGCUGAAAGAAGGAGUGCGUUUGGAUCGAGUUCGUGGUGGCCGCCAAAAGUACAAAAGAAGACUGGACUCCGAGAACAGCACUUAUCUGAGCUUACAAAUCCCCCCUCCAGCCAAAAAGCCAUUGACUAAGAUUGUCUCACACUUACUGGUGGCAGAGCCAGAGAAAAUUUAUGCCAUGCCUGACCCUACUAUGCCGGAGAGUGACAUCAAAGCACUGACCACACUUUGUGACUUGGCAGACAGAGAGCUGGUGGUGAUUAUUGGCUGGGCAAAGCACAUCCCAGGCUUCUCUAAUCUUUCCUUGGGGGACCAGAUGAGCUUAUUGCAGAGUGCCUGGAUGGAGAUUCUCAUUUUGGGUAUUGUAUAUCGUUCAUUACCCUACGAGGAUAAAUUGGUCUAUGCUGAAGACUACAUCAUGGAUGAAGAACACUCACGCUUGACAGGGCUGCUGGAGCUCUACCUGGCCAUCCUGCAGCUGGUCCGCAGGUACAAGAAGCUCAAGGUGGAGAAGGAAGAGUUUGUCACACUCAAAGCCCUUGCUCUUGCUAAUUCAGAUUCAAUGCACAUAGAGGACAUGGAGGCUGUGCAGAAACUCCAAGACCUUCUCCAUGAAGCCCUUCAGGACUACGAGCUAAGUCAACGUCACGAGGAGCCACGGCGUGCAGGAAAGCUGCUGCUGACCCUGCCUCUCCUGCGGCAAACAGCCGCCAAGGCUGUGCAGCACUUCUACAGCAUUAAACUGCAGGGCAAAGUCCCCAUGCACAAACUCUUCCUAGAAAUGCUGGAGGCCAAGGUCUGACAGGCCCACGGUGCUUGGAAAGCAAACUGGGGACAGAGACUGGGCUGUGGAACAAACCAAACUGAGCUGGCUGGCAGCUGGCCUUUAUCUCCAACCAUUUAUUAUGGGGGAAGAAUUAUUUAACGUCCACCUGGCUACUCGCCAACCCUUUACGUCCAUCUGAAAAUUAUUGUGUACAGAGAGGGAAACUCUUUUAAUCAACAUCUUUUUGGGGGGUUGUUUUGCUUUUGGGGGUGGUUUUCUUUUCUUGCACUUGCAGAGGAAGCCAAGGGAAAAAUUGGGAACCCCUGAGCAGUGAUGCUCUUUGCACUAGCCAGGGCAGCUGAUUCUUUUCUCUGUCUGCCUUUUAAAGAAGGGACGAGGGGACUUGAAGCAGGGAAUGCUUGAAAAACAAGGGUCUAUAACCUUCAUGAGAGGAGUUGCCAUCUGUGAGUUUGCAGCUUAACACACAAAUACACCAGGGUUUUCUCUCCAAAUCAUGACCUUAAGGGAUGGUGCUUGUUUGGAGAGGAGCACCAUGAGAUCUCUAAAAUGUCUGUAUCUUAUUCUCAAACUACUUGCAACAUUAUGUACAUACCAACCCUACUGCUUCAUAAUGGGAAAGACAGACCUGACUAUGUAAGAUAUUCUGUUACCAUGAACAAUGUCUUUGCACCUCUCUUUGCCCCUUUCCUGUGCAAUCAUAACAUUCCCAGCAGUGGUUCCUAUAGCCGCUGGAGACAUGUCCUGUCCAGAGACAAAAAAGUCUCCUGUGUAUGGAGCACACAGAAAGGAAGAGCCUGACACCUUUUGGUUCCAAGACUCUAGUCCAGUCCUCUCCCAACUUUGCACCCUCAGACAUGUUGGGUUACAACUCCCAUAAUCCUUAGAUCCACCAGAUGAGAAUUAUUAAAUUUGUAAUCCAAUGCAUCUGAAGAGUGCCAAUCUGGAGAAAGUUGCUGUGUUCACCCAGUUAUCCCUUUCUCUUACCAUAUUUGGUGCUAUUUUGAAAUCCUCUACCUCUUUUCUUCCUCUCCCAUUUGGCACAUGUCCUGGUCUGCUGGAAUCCUUCCAGAAUGAACGGGCCCAAAUUAAAAGUACCCCAAAGUGGCUCAUUGCCCCUUCUCUUUCACAAAAGAGAUUUGUACCAUAUUAACCUAAUUUCUACAGGGCAGAGAUCUGAUACUUGCUUCCUGUAUAUUUCCUCUUUUUGCCUCACCUGUUUCAUCCUGGUCAAUUUUUUGAAUACACACCAGGUUAGUGGGACCAGAGUGAAGAAAACUUUGCAUUGAGAAGAGGGGUGAAAUAAUGUUUGGAGAUAUUAACAAACUGUUGGAAAAUAUGUUUCUUGAGAGCUACAAAACCCUGAUGAGAGCAAUUUUAGAUAGGCAUGCAGAUUGCCAGGGGAAUGAUACUAAGUUUAAGCCAGAGCUCAAGACUUAUGCCUUCAUUUUGAAACUAGAUCAAGAACUGCAUGGAAUUAAAGCAAAGGUAUCUGGCUGGCCAUCCCUGAUUUAGGAAAAGGGCAGGAACAAGGCUCAAAUUGGAACCAGAGGUGUUUGGAAGUUAUGAGAAGACAGUACCUCAGAAAACAAAGUUCUUUACCCUCACAACUCAGUGAUGCGAAAGUGCUUCCAUGUCCAUUUGGCCCCUGUUUAUAUUUUUAAAAGGAAUUUAUCACUUUUUUUGACAUCACUUGCAUGUGCAGUUGGUCCUAGCAGAUCAAUUUGUGAUAUUUCAGUGCAGUGGGGUGUGUCAAUAUAUUUUUGUGUGUUUUCACAGUUUUUUGGAAUUUGACAGUGAAUUCCACUGAAGCAGAGAUGGCAUUGGACUAAGAUGACCAAACAAGUGAAUUUCACAUAAUCAUCACACAAUCUGUGAAAACAGAACCAACCAAAGAACUAAUGGUGAAUGGUAAAAAUCCAUUGGCAAAUGGAUGCUGUACGUUUGCCUCCCAGCUUUUUCCUAGGCACAAGGAGAACAGGCAGAUUGGCCUUUUUGUUCUGAAGGCAUUUCAUAUGUGUUUUCUUCCAAAAUCCAGUCAAAAAUACUUUUUUUUUGGAUGAGGGAGAGGAGAAAGAAAUGGUAGAAUUACCCAAUUCUGUGAAAUAGUCUUCUAUGAAUCCAAUAGGAGUGGCAAUAAACAUUGCAGUUCUUCAUAGCCACUUAUUGCAUCCAGUAGCAGUUGUUUAGAGGCUGAGCAAUACUUACAUAGAAUAUAAAUUUCCUUCACAAUUAUACUCUCUUGUCAGUUUUGUUUUUGAAUGGCUACUGAUUGGGGUGGAUCGAUUGCUACUUUAACCUAUUCUGAAUCUGCAGAGAAAUGAUGGGUGAAGGACUGCACUCAAAAUUGUUCCUGUCCCACUGCUUUGCAACAAAGAGAGAAAGAAAUACAGGUAUUUUCCUUCAUAACUUUGAUGGGAUUUUCCCCUCGAAUUAGCCCCUCCUGCUACAACUUUGUUCAUAUGCUACCAAUAUACUCCAAAACAGGAACCACCUGAAGGAGAGGGGCAAUAGUUCAGAAUAUCCGUUUUGCAUACCAUAGUCCUGGUUUGAUUUCCUGGUGUUUCUUUUUAAAUCACUCAACUACCAUGUGAUAUAAACAUUUGAUACCUGAGAUCCAAAGGAAUCACUACCAAAAUAGACAAUACUCAUCUAGAUAGAUGAAUCUAAUAGUAUAAGGAGGGCUUGGAAAAUCUGCCCUGUAUCAGCUUAUACUUAACUAGGUAACUUCUUCUGGCCCAAUCUUGACUCUCAAACCUGAUGGAAACAACAUUCAGCAAUGCUUCCAUUGUUGGAAGAAUGGACCCCCUUUUCCCCAUACAGAUGAUUCACAAGAAUGUAAAUUGUGGCGCAAGUUACAAUCACGGCAAUACUGUAGUGUCUAAAGCAUGACUAAGGAGUGGAUUGUGAAUGCAAAACGUUACCUAACAAUUAUGAAUAAUUAUAAUCCUCCUCCCUUUUUGUGGGCAUCAACUACAUGGGGAGAAUGAGGUCCUUUCUGUCAGUGGCCAGAAUAUGGCUGAAGGUUUCCAUCAGGGUUGGGGAAACUCGGCCAACACAAGUUAUUUAAUUACUUCUUUAAGUAUAAACUGAAACAAAAUUCUGGCCAUUAUUUUUUGGCCUGAAAGAUUCUGGGAAUCGUGGUAUUUCUUUAAUGAUAGCCUGAGAAAGAACCUUUAUUACUGAAGGCUUUGACAGUCCCUACUGGAAGGAAAUAUUUUACACUCAGGUACAAGGGAUAUUCCUCUUCCCAUCUCACUUCAGGAUAAUAAGGUAUGGGCAAACUUUAUCCAAUGAGAGAGAUAUAGCCAACCCAGGAAGUAGCGUUCUGUGUUCACAACCUAGUAAAACUACUAGUUUAUUCAUUCUGGAUAAUUAAGGUCAAUUUUAAAUUAGUAGUUUGUACAAGUGUAAGAACUACUCAGAGCAAUGGGGACCUUUGUGAAUUCCCCUCCCCAGUAAUGGCUGUUUAGAUGCAACGAAUGAGUUCACAAGCAAGAAAUCCUUUCUCUCAUGAUUCAAUAAUCACAAAUAUGGUGCACUGAAUUUAAACAAAUCUAUCCCUUGUGUUUUCUUCUACAUUCUGUUUUUAAAAGCCUAUCAAAGUCUUCCCUCAUUAUUUCCUGCAUAUAAAGAAAUUUGCAGGUUUGGUAAGUUCUUAAGAAAAAAUAAAUGAGACUGAAUUCUCACCCCUUUCUACUAGCCAGUUUCACAAUAUUCAUGGAUGAUUCAACAUGCAAAGGAGCAUGCUCUUCCUUCCUGGCAUGUAAUUAUUAGAAAUGAGAUACCUAUCAACAAACAAAUAAUAGGUGGCAACUCUAGUACAACAAAUAUAUUGGAAAAGUUGAGUUGCAAUGCCAGGGUUUUAAAUAGCUGGGCCAUAAAAGUCCUCCUCCUGGUUGUGUGAAUCCCUCAGAACACUCUCCUAAGGAUCAAUCUGAUGCCUCAGAGAAGUUUAGCUUUCUCGAUAAAGGCAAAAUUGAAAUAUAAUUCUGUUUGACUGCAAACCCCUGAAUUCGUUUACGACAAGGCAUGCAGGCAAGUGCUUUGAGUAUAAUACUAGAUAAAAGAACUCAUUUGAGGGAGUCUUUUGAAUCACCCCUCUUUCGUGCCUACCUCCUAAUGUUACCGGCACUGCAUUUUAUCCUCCUCUCCCUCCCUCUUCUUUGCAUAUAAUACACAAUUAAAUGUCUUCCACUGUGAAAUACAACCCUCCCUGUGAGCCUUGGAAGCAACUGAUGCUGCUCAUAUUUACAUUCCUCUCUGAGGGCAGUGGUCUCUGGCCUUUAGUACAAAAAAAUGAAUAUCAAGUUGAUGGGAAUCAAUUCAGAUCAAUGAGAUAGCUACUCCAUUUGUAUCUGCAGAAACAUGGGCAUUACUUUGAAGGGACAAUGUGAAGGAACUGAAAACCACAGCCAAAACAGUAUUGUUCAUGCCAAAUAGGAGGUGUUAUUUUUGUCUUUAUAACCACAAUGACAUAGACAUUUGGAACCUUUCAACAUAUAUUUUGAAAUCAUGCUAAAACAAGUAUCACAAAAACAAAAAAGAUGAAGUCGUGGAGAAAGACCUAAGAAUGUAAAUAGCUGAGCUUUUGCCAGUUAGAAUGGAGUGUUUCCACCUCAUAGCUACAGGCUACAACCAACCGUGUGGUCAAAAAUCUGCCCUGCUCUUGGGGUUCAAUGAUGAAGAAAAGCCAAAAAAGAAAUGGAAGCGGGAAAUAAAAAGAUGGAAAGCCUGUGCAAACUAUUCAGGGUGUUAUGGUACAAGUGUGGGGGGAAAAGCAAACAGUAUCUACUCAACUAUUAUCUGCUCCUAAAAAUGCUGUUAAAUAAGUAAUUAAAUAAAUCAUAUUCUUGUGGUACAGGUCAUUUCAAACAAAGAAAUAAAACAAAUGUACAAACAA